CGGACUCCGGAAUCCAGCUGUCGCGCCAGUUCCCUCAAGUGCAGCAGCACCCUCCGCGCGCCCCCAGUCCGGCCGGGCCUUGGCGGGGAGAUGAACGCGCAGCUGGACGGCCUGUCGGUGAGCUCGUCCUCCACCGGCUCGCUGGGCUCGGCGGCCGGCGGGGGCGCGGGGCUGCGGCUGCUGUCUGCCAACGUGCGCCAGCUGCACCAGGCGCUCACCGCGCUGCUGAGCGAGACGGAGCGGGAGCAGUUCACGCACUGCCUGAACGCGUACCACGCGCGCCGCAACGUCUUCGACCUGGUGCGCACACUGCGCGUCCUGCUGGACAGCCCGGUCAAGCGGCGCCUGCUGCCCAUGCUGCGUCUGGUCAUCCCGCGCUCGGACCAGCUGCUCUUCGACCAGUACACCGCCGAAGGCCUCUACUUGCCUGCCACCACCCCCUACAAGCAGCCGGCCUGGGGCGGCCCCGACGGCGCGGGGCCGGGGGAGGUGCGCCUGGUGAGCCUGAGGCGUGCCAAGGCCCACGAGGGCUUGGGCUUCAGCAUCCGCGGGGGCUCGGAACACGGAGUGGGCAUCUACGUGUCACUGGUGGAGCCAGGCUCCCUGGCUGAGAAGGAAGGGCUGCGGGUCGGCGAUCAGAUUCUGCGCGUCAAUGAUAAAUCUCUGGCCCGGGUGACUCACGCAGAGGCUGUCAAGGCUCUGAAGGGCUCCAAGAAGCUGGUGCUGUCUGUGUACUCAGCUGGACGCAUCCCUGGGGGCUAUGUCACCAACCACAUCUACACCUGGGUGGACCCGCAGGGACGCAGCAUCUCCCCGCCCUCUGGCCUGCCCCAGCCUCAUGGCAGCGCUCUGAGACAGUACGAGGGGGACUGCAGGAGCACGCUGCACCUCCUGCAAGGCGGGGAUGAGAAAAAGGUGAACCUGGUGCUGGGGGACGACCGCUCCCUGGGCCUUACCAUCCGAGGGGGAGCUGAGUAUGGCCUUGGUAUUUACAUCACCGGCGUGGACCCUGGCUCAGAAGCAGAAAGCAGCGGGCUCAAGGUUGGGGACCAGAUUCUGGAGGCGAAUGGGCGGAGCUUUCUGAGCAUCCUUCAUGAUGAGGCAGUCAGGCUGCUCAAGUCAUCCCGGCACCUCAUCCUGACCGUGAAGGACGUUGGGAGGCUGCCCCAUGCACGCACCAGUGACGAGACCAAGUGGAUCGCCAGUUCCCGGAUCGGGGAGAGUGCCACCAACUCGGCAGGGUCUGGGCUGUACCGCUCCCUGAGCUUGGGCCCUAGGGUGGUUUCUGAAAGCCAGCCAGAGCCCAUCACCUGUCCAGAGACAGAUCUGAGAGACUGGAACCACACGAUCAGCGAAGACAAACCCUAUCGCCAGGCAUUUUAA